GAUCCUUGCAGAUCUGCUGGGAUUUGGUGUUUGGAUGACCCGUGCUCCGGCUUUCCCCAGGGAAAACUGGGAGGAUUUAAGUCAAGCUUCGGCGUGGAUCUAGAUCUGUGCAUAGAGCUCCGGGACGGGCCGAUCUCCCGUCCAGCCCCCCCUUGCAGAUGUCCAUAAGGUGUCAGCUGAGUGAAAGCAGCUGGAGCCGAGCAACGCUGCACAGAUCCCCCUUUACAAGGAAGUUUUAUGUGAAAUAAUGUUUGACGAAGAGAUGCUGAUGAGACCUGAUUUCCAAAAGCAACCUCCCCUUCCCCUGCAGCCCCGCCCGCCUGCAUUGCUGGGGCUGGCACCGGGCUUAGGUGCGGACACGCGGCUGUGCCCUUAGCCUCGGGACAGGGGGCUGGCUCCCUUCCUGGGGAGGGGAUGCUGUUCCCUGCGGGUCCCUCCCCUCAAAUCCCCACCCAGGAGCUGGGGGUGGGGGAGGGAAGCGACUUCCCCCGGCCUGCUUCACACACGCACACGCUGAAGUCACUUUCCAAGGGCUUUGCCAGCCCCCCAGCAAGAGGCUUUGCUUGCUCCAGAGCUUCCCAGCUCCUCCUUCGCCGGCCUGGCUUGCAAAUACGGCACUCCCAGCCGGGGGCGGGGGCAACCUGUGGGCGGAGGCGGAGGCGGAGGGGGCGGCCACCCUCCCAGCCUGGCUCUGCAAAGCCACAUCCCUCCGAGGAUGCUCCAGGGCGGCAGCUUCCCCUGAGGACUCGGGGCAACCUUCCCCCGGGUCCUCGGGGGCUUUCCCAGGGUGAGAGGCACAGGACCAAGCUCUUCCCCCCAUAUCCUAGGGCAUUUCCCUUCCAGCAGCUACCGAAAUGCCCCGAUCCUGCAUUCAUACCUUUUCUAGUGGCAUAGGGAUCUGGCUGCGACCUGCCUGCUUUCCCCCAUCCCAGGGGAGGAGGCAGGCGACCCUCCAGCGCAGAUCCAGAGCCUGGGAGCUGCCAAUGCACCCCGUUUCCACCGGCCAGGCCUUGCCCCGGGCACCCCCAAGCGUGGCUUGCCAGGAUCUGGAUGCUUGGAGCGGGGGAUCAAGGACCAGCCGACACCUCCUCCUGCACCGGGUCAUGCGGACCCCUCCAGGGCAGCCCUUGCAUCAGCCAAUAACGUUAAAAAAAAUAAAAAAACAACAAAAAACCUCCCAGAGCGUGUGUGCGAAGGGGAAAAAAACUGGGCAUCCCAAAUGCCUAAUGUAAGCAGGGGCCAGCUGCGCGCACUUGUAAAGUUGUUAUAAUCCCCCUCCUUGUUAUAAACAGGAAAGUACAUAAUAUAAAGCAACAGGCCUGCAUUCACAAAUGCUAACCCUCUGUCCAGGCUCCCCAGUAAAGGCGUACCCCGAAAGGAUCAUACUGCUCCCUUCCCCUUCGCCGCAGCUCCUGCCGUGCAGCCAGGCGGGCACUGGGGGUCUUGCCCGCUGCGCUGCUGGGAGGCAGGAGCAUCCCCCUGAAUCCCGCAGCUCACCUGGGCAGAGUGCAAAGAAGAGGCGCACACAUUUCCCCUCCGCCUUUUCCAGGCACGAAGCACUGUGCACGCUCAAAAUGCGCCCGCAGCAAAUCAGCCCCUGCCAGGCUCAUUCACGCCAGCACAGAGGACCCCUCCUCAGUGCACCAGUGGGGUGACACCUCCCACCCCAUCUGCCACAUUGCAGUGCUUCCUUCCACCCCCAUCAUUGAUCUUUUUUUUUUUUUUUUACCACCACCCCCCAAUUUGACUCCAGCCCUCCGUGGCCUUCGCCUCCCCGGGCUCCAGCAGCGAACAUCCUGCCUGGGCUGCCUGUGUGUGCUUGCAGCGUCAAAGGGUGGACGUGAUAUUUCAAACAUCAGAUCCGUGCGUUUAUAUAUUGGGUGCCCGGAAAUUUUUCCAAAUAAACACAGCUUGAUUCGACGUGGGUGGGCAGACUUAUCAACAGCCUAAUUCUCUAAACAAAUGAAGGAAGGAUCCGGAGACCCAUUGGCUGGUCCCCGCGAGACACGUGGAGCGAGCUCAGGAGUGGUGUAGCAAUGAAAUUUUAAUUACUGUGGGUGGGCUGAGAGCACAAACGACUGUUUAUCGGAGACAAUUUAUUUUCCAGCGCUAAGUCAACAUAUAAUAGCAAACUUACAACAAUUAUUUAACUUUAAAAAAAAAAAAGAGAGAGAGAGAGAGAGAGAGCUAUGAAGCUGGGAGAGGGGGAGAAGCGGACUCAAGCAGGCUUGGGAUCCCAGAGAGCUCCCUGGUGGACUCCUGGGAGGUUUGUCCCUUGCCCUGUCCCUGCUUUGGGAGGCAGAUCCAGCCACGUCCAGCAUGAGCCACCUCUACAGCAGCCCCCUGCCCGGCUUGAGCUCUUCCAUGGUGUAUCUGUACGGGGCGGAGAGGGCUGGCUUGCCUGCGGCUCUCGGCUUCGCCUCGUCGGGGGGGAUGCCCAGGCAGGAGCCCCCCCAGAAGCCUCCUUACAGCUACAUCGCCCUCAUCGCCAUGGCCAUCAAGGAGGCUCCGGACCAGAAGGUGACCCUCAAUGGGAUUUACCAGUUCAUCAUGGAGCGCUUCCCUUUCUACCACGACAACAAGCAGGGCUGGCAGAACAGCAUCCGCCACAACCUCUCGCUCAACGACUGCUUCAUCAAGGUGCCCCGGGAGAAGAGCCGUCCGGGCAAGGGCAGCUACUGGACCCUGGACCCCAAGUGCCUGGAUAUGUUUGAGAACGGCAACUAUCGGCGCAGGAAGAGGAAGCCCAAAGCCCCCGGCGCCCAGGAGGCAGGGAUGGAGCCGGCCAAGAGAUGCCGGGGCGGCUCCGCGGAGGGCGGCCCCGACGGCGCGGCAGCCCCGCAGCCCGGCAGCUGCCCGCUGGCCCGGCGCUUGGAGGGCAGCCCCGAGCCCCCCUCGGGGGGCAGCGCCCCGAAAAGCUCCGGCAAGUCGCAGAGCUUCAGCAUAGACAGUCUGCUGGCUCGCACGGCGCUGCACAAGCCGGCCCCGGAGGACGUGCAGGCGGGGGCAGCCCCGGGCGAGAGCCAGCCCAGCCUGGCCCAUGCCAGCCUCUGCCCGGCUUUCAACGCCUCGCUGGUGCUCGACUCCCAGGUGCAAGGUAGACUCUACCAGCUCGGCAUCCCCUUCCUCUCCUAUUUCCCGCUGCCCUUUUCUGAGACGGUGUUUCAUUUCCAGUAAAAGAAACAGGGAGGAGGGUGGGUGGGGGGAUGAACCACCCCCACAUCCAUCCUCAUCCCUUACCAGGUCCAGGUUCAGAUUUCAGGGCAUUUCCAACCUCCUUUCACCCCCCCUGAGCAGACUUCUCCUUCAUUUGGGGGGUCCCCCUUCCAAUUUCUAAUUCUAAGGUUAAAAAAACAACCCCAAACCUUAUUUUUUUCUCAUUGCAACACACAGCAGAGGUUUUGCAUGAGCUGGGCUUUGCUUUGAGUUAUUCGCCUCUGAAUUAGAGCGUCCUAGACUUUCAGUGCUGCAGACUGCGAGUGAGAGGAAAAGUCCCUGCUUCUGCCCUCUGUGUGACAUGGGAGACUGGGCAAGAUGCACCUAGUUUUGACCCAGUCAUUGACAAUGCUUAUGGUUUUAUGCUAUUCAGACCCAGUUCGGUCCAGCAACUUUGCAUCUCUUGUUUUUUUAAGAGGUUUCCCCUCCCUUUUAUGUGUAUGUGUGCGUGGCUCUGCAUUCAACACGUCUUGCUGCCUGCACACACCUGAGCCACCGGCUCAGCCAUCUCAAGCAAACCGAAGGCAUAAGGACAAGUCAGAGGAGCAAAGUGAGUUAAAAUAUUUGCCUUCUGUACAGUCCUGCUCGCUUGGAAUCAGCCCUGGAUGUCAUUCCUGGUCUUAAUUUUGUACAAUGAGAAAUUGCAAAGCUCCUAUGGCAGGGAUCCACGGUCAGAUCUGGCAAAGUGAAUUGACCUCAAUAGCAACCAGCAGUCUUGGAGCUGCCUAUGUGACCAGGCAGACAGACAUCCAGGGGGAACAGGAAAGCAGCUAACAGCUCCUCAUAGGUUUUUCUUUUUAAUCUGGAUACAUACUAGACAGUCAGGAGCAUUUCGUCUUCUUGCCAUAAAUAGAGGCUUUGUAUAUUAACGGGUAGAUGCCCUUUGACAAGCAUCUAUAUUCAUCUGUUUUUAUUAUGAAACCAAACCUAUAUCCAAUAAAAUAUUUUGUUCAAUGAUA